UGCACAACAUAAAGUCACCAUAAAAUAUUUGCUCUCUGAUUCCACAUAAAGAAAGCUGAAGCUUUCUCUGGAACCACAGAGCUCUUUGGAAGCCAAGCAUUCCACAAUGAAGAGCUUUCUGGCUUUCCUUGUUGUGAUGGGCAUAGUGACCCUGGGUGAUGCAUACUGCUGGAGUAAAAUUCACAAGGAAGGGGAGGCCAAAAACGGCUGUAUGCUGAAUGGAAAACUGUAUCCCUUUGGGCACAUUGAGAGGACAGAGGAGUGCUACAGAUGCAACUGCAGUGAACGUGGAAUGGAUUGCUGUGCCCUCUUUCAUACUCCUAUUGCUUUCGACAAAAAGAAAUGUAAAGUAGUUUUCAACAAAGAGCGCUGUGACUACGAUGUGGUACAGAAGGAUGACCCCUCAAAGCAGUGUGUUGUCUAUUCUCGUGUGGGCUAAACACCUGCUCCAAACCUCUCUGCACUGCAGAAUUCCUCUCCUUCCUACAGAUGCUGUUCCAUCACAGAGAAGCACAAUGACAUGGGAAAAUCUUGUAAAAAAGAGCACUUCAGUAGCUCACUUCUAACCUCCUAAUUAUCCUAAUUCGGCUUACAUGAUGCAUAAUUAGAGUGUCUAAUUUCUGUCAUUACUGCCUUUGUUGACUACAAUAAAUUCAGAUGAAACACCCAUAAA